GCGCUCACGACGAGCGGGGGAAAGUGCGUGGGCGGAUGAGGAAGUUGAGCGCUCAGAUUAAUGGCCACACACCCAUCGGAGUGACUACUUUUUCACCCCCCCCCCCCCCCUUUGGAUUGGCGCACCGACGUGGAUCUCCAUUCAGCAGGAAAACACACAAAUAAAACUGGACUUGUUUUCGUGAAGAUGACAAUCAAGUUGGGGGUCAUCCUUCUGUUACUUCUGUUGAUCCACGGUGCUCGUCCAAAUCAGAUGCCGCACGGUGACGACGAUGAAGACCUCCACGAUGCCACUGUCAAUCAAAUGCUGGUGCCCAGGUCGCACCAGGAGGACGCCACGCUGAUUCUCAACAAUCUACUCAAGGAAUAUGACAGGACCCUUCGGCCGGACAUUGGGGUGAAGCCAACAGUCAUUGAUGUGGGUAUAUAUGUCAACAGCAUCGGGCCUGUGUCAUCCAUUGAUAUGGAGUACCAGAUCGAUAUCAUCUUUGCCCAGACUUGGGUGGACACACGCCUACGUUAUAACAGCAGCAGCAUGCGGAUUCUCACUCUCAACAGUAACAUGGUGGGCUUGAUAUGGCUGCCAGACACCAUCUUCAGGAAUUCCAAGACCGCAGACUCUCACUGGAUCACAACACCCAAUCAGCUGCUCCGCAUCCGCAGCAAUGGAAAAAUUCUCUACACGCUGAGGAUGACCAUCAACGCUGAAUGUCAGCUGCAGCUCCAUAAUUUCCCAAUGGACGAGCACUCGUGUCCUCUCGUCUUUUCCAGUUAUGGCUACCCACGAGAUGAAAUUGUUUACAAGUGGAGGCGAAACUCAGUGGAGACAUCGGACCAGAAGUACUGGAGGCUCUACCAAUUUGACUUCAUGGGGCUCCGAAACACUACCGAUGUAUUGACCACGACUGCAGGAGACUAUGUGUUGAUGACGGUGUACUUUGACCUCAGUAGAAGGAUGGGUUACUUCACCAUCCAGACUUAUAUCCCCUGUAUCCUGACUGUGGUCCUGUCCUGGGUCUCCUUCUGGAUCAAGAGUGAUGCCACGCCGGCGAGGACAGCCUUGGGCAUUACCACCGUGCUGACCAUGACCACACUGAGCACAGUGGCCCGGAAUUCCCUGCCUAGAGUCUCGUAUAUGACCGCAAUGGAUCUGUUUGUCACUGUCUGCUUCCUAUUCGUCUUCGCCGCCAUGAUUGAGUAUGCCAUGCUCAACUACUGCUCCUAUAGUAUACGCAGACCGCCAGCAAAAAUGCAAAAACUGGCCUAUUCGUCCUUCACCAUGGGUCGGCCACCUCAUCGGCACAUGAUGCCCACGGGCAAUGCUCUCUUCUGGCAGGACUAUGACGACGACUGCCUGGACCAGUGCCUGGACGGGAAAGAUUGCAAGAGCUUCUUCUGCUGUUACGAGGAAUGUAAAGAAGGCGGCUGGAAGAAAGGACGCAUCCAUGUCAACAUCCAUGAGCUGGAUUCCUACUCUCGGGUAUUCUUCCCGACUUCCUUCUUGCUCUUCAACAUUGUUUACUGGGUCAGCUACCUCUACCUCUAGUCACACUGUUGACGUGGAGCAUUGGAUUUUGGGGAUUUGUCGUGCUGCCUCUGGAGUUGAGGAAGGGCCAUCAUUCUUUUGAGAGUUGAGGUAGAGGUGGUGACAAGAACCGGAACCGACCAAUCCUUUUCAGGACUCGAAGAAGACCGCUGCCAUCUGGGCGGCAAUGCAGUAUUUUGGCCCACAAGGUGGUAGAGCACCCAUAGUGCCUUCUUUAGAAAGGGUGCACAAGGCCACCGCAGCAUUUUAGUCUUUAGUAAAUCCUCCAUCACGGCGAAGCAUGCUAUAUUGUUUAACUCCUUGAUGAAACCAGCAUAGUUCUCACGACAGGAAAUGCUAGGACACUCACCAUGCAUUUUGUGGUACUUUACAAGUACAGUAGUUUUUAAUAAUAACAAAAUGCUACCAGAAUUACUGGUAUUGUUACAGAAAACCCUAGCAGACAAUGCGAUUUACAUUAAAAGAAUGCACAAGGGCUGCGUAACAACAAAGGGAUCUUGAACUUAACGGUAUGUUUUGUAGUAGUACGAGUACAAAGCCCAUGCAUUCAGUUCCACCAAGUCAAGUAUAUAUACAUAGAGAUUGUUUUUUUUCCCCUAAUGAAAAAUAAAAAUUAUUUCUGAUGCCCUGCCAUUAGUGGGACCCUAAACUGCCUCUCAUGCCGGGCUGGCAACAUCUGAGGUGCUGUAGAAUACAUACACAUUGUGGUCCAAUGUAGGCCACUAAAGAGAGAGAGAGAGAGAAAAGUGUUAAAAAAUGGAUGAGGCUGGAUGGUUGGGGAUGGAGUCGCUCAAACAGUCACCACAAUGUAAAAUUGAUGCCACAUAUGGAGACAUAUGGACACACGUGAAACCUAGGCUUAACUUUAAUGUUCUGUUUUUUGGCUUUGUAGAACACACACACGCACACACUAGCUUCUCUCAAUGUGUGUGUUGUGACAGAAAGGAGUUGCUGUAUUGUCUACUGUUUCCUUUUUCAUACAUAUGGAAUGUGUGUAGGCUGCUAGCGAGUACCAGUUUGUGAGCUUACUAUGUAUUCAUCAGGCCUCUGUGUCCAGUCCAGAGGUACUGCACGUGGUUAGUAGAAAGGCCCAUUUAAUGGCAGGUGUUGACUUUGUGUGCUGACUUUUGUCUUUUAAUGCAAAAAUUCCCCCACCUCUGAUAUUUCUACUACACUUUAUAAGUGUCUAUCGAGAUACUCUAAUAAAAACAAAAUCGCAAUUUUUAACCUGAUCAGUGUUUACAAAGCCACGUUGACAUCUGAGUACUGAGCUAUGGUCAGCAUUGGCAACCUCCCCACUCGUGUUAAAAAAUUAGAUGACAUUGCAAGUAUUACAAUAAACGUAUUGUCCUCACUUCCACCUCUCACUCUAAGCUACAGUAAUUUCUCCUGAAUCGCUGGGGAAAGAAAAAGCCAACCUGAUCAUGGAUCAGUACUCCCAGAGGAAAUCUUAUACCUUUUAACUGGACAACAAUUAUGUUUUUCUAGU